AUCAAGCAACAGUUGGUACUCAACGCAAACCGGUGACUACGGAGACUAUUGAAGACAUUUCGUCCGUAAUCAUGUCCUCCGAUGUUCCCAAAAAGAUAGAGAAAAUGGAUGUUCCGGAAUUUGCUUAUUUACCACCUCCAAAAGAAUUAGUUUUUGGUAAAUAUGAAGAGGGUUUAAAAGAAAAACUUAUCAGAAAAACAAAAGAAAACCCGGCUGUCCCUUUCGGACUUGCUCUGACAACAUUUGCUCUGUCUUAUGGUAUAUGGCAAAUGAGGACUGGUAACCAAAGGAGAUCUCAGAUGAUGAUGAGACUACGAAUUAUGGGACAAGGCUUUACUGUUGUUGCUAUACUGGCUGGUGUGUUGUAUAGUGCACGUACACAUAAAAAGUAGUCGACCUGAGUAUUUUCAAAAGAAAUAGUCCUAGGUAUUGGUUUCUUAUUUUGAAACAUUCUUAUAUUUAUAUAAAUACUUGUUUUAGGAUUCAUAGUGUUUUGCUAACCUAAACAGUAUAAAAAAAAAAGGACCUGAACUUGUAUUGUUAAAAAUACUAGAAUUCUAAUUUACAAAUUAACAUGGUUUAUGACUUUCUUUUAAGAAAGUUAAUAAAAAUGUUAAAUGUUUGAAAAUACAGGACUUUAAUUGAGAUAUAUUUUUUUCUAGAUAUUUAAGAACCAGAAACAAGCUGAAACUUCAGUAGUAAAUGCCAUGGAGUGUAGUGAAGAUCUUGUGAUUUAAGUUUCUCAUAUGUUAUCAUUUCUUGAUUGAACUCACCUUGUGUUAUUGUUGGUGCCAAUUCUCUUUAAAAAAAAGGCAGAAAUGUAACAUUCCUUUCCAUAUUCUCAAUAAAAAAAAAUGUAAUAUUAAAAGAAAUUUUUAAAAA